AUGCAUAUCGGCCAUUCGACGCAGAUGGCCAAAUCUCCGGAUCAGGCAACUAUCCAACCUGAACCCGCGGAAAAGAUUGGCGGCGUUGAAACUCAGCCUGGCGAGACGUUGCAUCUCAGUGGCGGCGGCCGCGGUGGCACGCAGCGUCGCCUGCGGAACUACCAAGUCACCAUGAUCGGAUUCUGUGGCGGUAUCGGCACUGGUCUGUUCGUUGGCACUGGCGCGGCGUACGCAAAAGCAGGGCCAGCAGGCUUGUUGUUGGCAUACAUAAUCGUGGGCUCGGUCCUGUGGUGUGUUAUGCAGAGUAUCGCUGAGUUGGCAGUGGUAUUCCCCGUUGCUGGAUCAUUCCCGCAUUGGGCAACCCGCUUCAUCGACCCGGCUGUCGGCUUUUCGCUGGCCAUCUCCUACGGAUAUUGCUAUUGUAUCGCCAUCGGCCAGGAGAUCGCCGCUGCAGCAAUUGUCGUCUCUUACUGGACCGACUUGACUCCUGCCGUGGUCAUCACUGUUGGUCUGGCACUGAUCCUCGCUAUCAACCUUAUGAAUGUUCGUUUCUAUGGCGACAGCGAAGUUUUUGGAGGUGGCAUCAAGGUUGCAUGUUUCCUCGGCUUGAUCAUUGCGUCGAUUGUCAUCACGGCCGGAGGUGGUCCGAAUCAUCAGAGCAUUGGAUUCCGGUACUGGAAUAACCCCGGCGCGUGGACCGACUUCAACGGCGUGACAGGCCCAAUAGGGCACUUUCUCGGAUUUCUGGCAGCUUUCACCAACGCUGCGUUCAGCUUUAUCGGUGUUGAGACUGUUGUCGUCGCCGCGGCCGAGGCCGAGAAUCCACACCCUGCUAUCCCCAGGGCUGCCCGUAGGGUAACCUACCGUAUUGCGUUCUUUUAUAUUCUCGGCGCACUGCUUAUUGGUAUGAUUGUGGACCCGAGGAAUCCUGCCCUUGUUUCUGGUUCGGGAAACGCAAAUAGCUCUCCGUUCGUCAUUGCUAUCAAGGACGCCGGGAUCCACGCGUUGCCGUCCAUUGUGAAUGCAUGCAUUCUCAUCUCCGCGUGGUCUGCGGGCAACUCGUACUGCUGGGUCAGUUCACGUACCGUCCUGGCCAUGACUACGGAUCGCCAGCUUCCGCAGAUCUUUGGCGUUGUGACCAAGAAAGGGGUGCCAUACGUUGCUGUCAUCACGGUGUGGUGUUUUGGUCCAUUGGCGUAUCUGAGUCUCGGCAAAGGCGGCGCAUCGCAAGCCUGGGCCUGGCUUCAGAGUCUCGGCACGGUCUCUGGUCUGAUUGCAUGGGCAACGCUGUGCUUUUCCUACAUUCGCUUUCACGCCGCGAUGAAAGCCCAAGGUGUCAGCAGAGACACCCUUCCUUGGAAGUCGCCGCUACAACCGUAUACCGCAUGGGUGGGUUUCUUAGGCUCCAGUAUCAUCACCCUGGUUACCGGCUAUGCUGUGUUCCUCCGAGGCUGCUACUACGCUGUCUCCGAGACCACCGCCACCUACUUUCGAGUCAAGACAACCGUGAUGGCCACAUACGCCUAUGAUAUUGCUUACAUCAUGGCCAAUGUGCCGAACCCUUGA